UCCGAAACGAACGAAAAGCUUCAAAUGGACCGCAAAUGUCGAGGCUGCAACCCUCGGGGACCUCAAAGAACAUAUACGUGAAGAAUAUAAUCCAGUAACACUUGAAAAUGAUGGAGCUGUUUUAAAGGCAUUUACCGUAAUCAUAGAGAUCCCCUCAAAAGCUUUCUCGGAUUGGUCGUUUCCAAAAGUGUGUCAGCUAUAUGGCCUUGGUGAAUCAGACGAUCCUUCAUUAUCAGUGUUCCCGCCUUUCACUUGCGAGUAUAAAGAACUAAAAACCGAUUCUUCCCAGGCGAUACUUAAACAUCUUAUAGCCGAACUGGAGGCCCGACCCAAUGGACGCGGACCAGUCGAUUUCGCGAUUGAUUUACUUCAAACUGCAAAAACGGUUGGCGUGACAGUGGUAAAGGAUGAAGAUUUUUACAAGGGUAUUGCUCAGAAUGCCGUACAACUCGAGUCCGCUUUAUCAAACC